AUGGGAAACUGCAUUCACACAUUGGUCUGCAACCAUGGAAACAAAGUUAGAGAUGUCUGCUUGGAUGAAGCACCAACAACAGAGAAGGCCAAGGAGUUACCUGAAGAGGCAGAAGAUGAGAAGAAAACAGGGCAAAGGCGGUGCAUAAAGAUCACUCUGACGAGGAAGCAGCUCGAGCUGCUACUGCUGAAACAUCCGGAGGGUGUUUCCUUUCAGCUUCCAGAGAGUUUUGGGAGCUGCAAGCGGAAAUGGAAGCCAUCUUUGCAGACUAUAGUAGAGGUAGAUAACUUUUGA